GUUCUUUGAUACCUGCUUUUAUUAUAAAAUAUAGUUCAUAAGGAUAAAAAUAAUUUACUUACGCAGAAUCAGAAUUUAGGGUUUCACCUGAGAGCCAAACUAGAGAAAAACUUCGAUUCUUUGAAUGUUCAUUAAAUCAAGAACUGGAUUUUAGUAUGUAGGUGAUUAUCUUAAUUUUUUUUAUGGUGGCAAUUGAUGUGUGGUGAAAUGGUUUAUUUUUAUCAAGCACGAAGAAAGGCAAAUCAAGUCUUUGGUUGCUUCAGUGGUCGAUUUGGAGUGACCUUCAGUGUUGUCUUGAAUAAUACGGCUUUUAAGAUUGUCUUGUACCUUUUUAUGACUUGACAAUUAAAUUUCUUUGUGUUUUAAGCAAUGUAGCAAUUCCAGAAAACAUGUUAUCUGUACUAUUAACUUUUUAUGAGCUUAUGGCUUUUUCUUGGGCCAUUAUUUCUGAUAAGAAUUUUACACAUUUUAAAACAUUUGAGCAGACGGUUAAUAAAUACAGUAGACAGUAUGGCUCGUUAGAUAUUUUGCUUAUUUAUGUCAGUCAUACCACUUAGAGCUACAUUAUUAAAGUAGACAGUGACCAAUUUUAUUUGUAUUGGUGAAGUUAAUAUAUAAAAGUUUUUAGAACAAUGCCUACUAUAUAUGAAAUUGCAUUAAAUAGCUUUAUUAGUACCACCACCUUUCUUUGGAGAUAAUUAACAAGACUAUGAGAGGGAAAUUCAGGAAAACUAGAGGGAAGUUCAUAAAAUUGAAAAUUGGAUGAUUGAUCCUUGAAGCUGUGAGACUUGAGCAUAUAGUCUGUGUGUACGGGAGAAGUAAAGUAAAAGCUAUUGCGAUGGAAGCAUGUCUCUGACCAUGGUUUAAUGUAUAUAGAAUUGGAAAAACAAGGAAUACUAUUUGAUAAUACAUGUGCGUUGUAAUAACUUUGGGAAAGAUAGGAACACUACCUAGAGAUAGCUACAUCUAAUACGUCAUGUAUUUUCUUUUCCUGUAAGAUAAAAUAUACUUAUAAAAAUUUGAGUAAUAUGUGCAUACUGUUUUUGGUUCUGUGAAAUGCAGUGAAGUCCUCUGGAUGUGGGGUUGGUGUUUGCAUCAUUGUCCAUUGCCAGUAUCUGCUAGUCUUCCUACUUCACAUACCAGUAUAUUCCCGCCUUGUGAUCAAGAAAAAGAUGGUGAUGGAAUUUCCUGACAAUGUAUUAAAUCUCGAUGGGCAUCAGAAUAAUGGUACACAACUAAAGCAGUUCAUUCAGCGACAUAGUAUGCUUAAGCAACAAGAUCUCAGUAUUGCCAUGGUGGUGACAUCACGUGAAGUCUUGAGUGCACUUUCUCAGCUUGUUCCAUGUGUUGGUUGUCGUCGCAGUGUGGAGCGCCUCUUUUCCCAGCUUGUAGAGUCUGGAAAUCCUGCCCUUGAACCCCUGACAGUGGGACCCAAGGGAGUCCUAUCUGUAACUCGAAGCUGCAUGACUGAUGCAAAGAAGCUUUAUACGUUAUUUUAUGUACAUGGGUCCAAACUAAAUGACAUGAUAGAUGCUAUUCCAAAAAGUAAAAAGAACAAGAGAUGUCAGUUGCACUCCUUAGAUACGCACAAACCAAAACCUUUGGGUGAAGGGAGCAGUAGCAGUGUCAGUUCAGAGAAGUUAAGUACAGAUAAGAGAAGUAGUGAAGACCACAGGAAGGACAGCAAGUGUAGGAUCAUUUUCCAUUAUGGACCUUUCCAGGGAACAGCCAGAGGUUGUUGGAUGGACGUAUGGGAACUAAUGUCUCAAGAAUGCAGGGACGAAGUAGUUUUAAUUGACUCUAGUUGUCUUUUAGAAACACUAGAAACAUAUCUUCGAAAACACAGGUUUUGCACUGAUUGCAAAAAUAAAGUCCUCAGAGCAUACAAUAUCCUUAUUGGUGAACUUGAUUGCAGCAAAGAGAAGGGCUACUGUGCUGCACUUUAUGAAGGCUUGCGGUGCUGUCCACAUGAACGACAUAUACAUGUUUGCUGUGAAACAGAUUUUAUUGCACAUCUUUUGGGUCGUGCUGAGCCAGAGUUCGCAGGAGGGUAUGAGCGAAGAGAAAGACAUGCUAAGACAAUAGAUAUAGCUCAAGAAGAAGUUUUGACUUGCUUGGGAAUUCAUCUUUAUGAAAGACUACAUCGAAUCUGGCAGAAACUACGAGCAGAGGAGCAGACGUGGCAGAUGCUCUUCUACCUUGGUGUUGACGCUUUACGCAAGAGUUUUGAGAUGACUGUUGAAAAAGUACAGGGUAUUAGCCGAUUAGAACAACUUUGUGAGGAAUUUUCAGAAGAGGAACGAGUAAGAGAACUCAAGCAAGAAAAGAAACGCCAAAAACGAAAGAAUAGACGAAAAAAUAAAUGUGUAUGUGAUAUUCCUACUCCCUUACAACCAGCAGAUGAAAAAGAAGUAAGCCAAGAGAAGGAAACAGACUUCAUAGAAAACAGCUGCAAAGCCUGUGGCAGCACUGAAGAUGGUAAUAGCUGCGUAGAAGUGAUUGUUACCAAUGAAAAUACAUCAUGUACCUGUCCUAGCAGUGGCAAUCUUUUGGGGUCCCCUAAAAUAAAGAAAGGCUUAUCUCCACACUGUAAUGGUAGUGAUUGUGGAUAUUCAUCUAGCAUGGAAGGGAGUGAAACAGGUUCUCGGGAGGGUUCGGAUGUUGCGUGCACUGAAGGCAUUUGUAAUCAUGACGAACAUGGUGAUGACUCCUGUGUUCAUCAUUGUGAAGACAAAGAGGAUGAUGGUGAUAGUUGUGUUGAAUGUUGGGCAAAUUCUGAAGAGAACACCACCAAAGGAAAAAAUAAAAAGAAGAAAAAGAAAAGCAAGAUGCUGAAAUGUGAUGAACAUAUUCAAAAGCUUGGAAGCUGUAUUACAGAUCCAGGUAAUCGAGAGACCUCAGGAAACACCGUGCACACAGUGUUUCACCGCGACAAGACCAAAGAUGCACAUCCUGAAAGCUGUUGCAGCUCUGAAAAGGGUGGGCAACCACUGCCUUGGUUUGAGCAUAGGAAAAGUGUACCACAGUUUGCAGAACCCACGGAAACGUCAUUUGGUCCUGAUUCUGGAAAAGGUGCCAAGAGCUUAGUUGAACUCCUUGAUGAGUCCGAAUGUACUUCAGAUGAGGAAAUCUUUAUUUCACAAGAUGAAAUACAGUCAUUUAUGGCUAAUAACCAGUCUUUCUACAGCAAUAGAGAACAAUACCGACAGCAUCUGAAGGAGAAAUUUAAUAAAUACUGCCGCUUAAAUGAUCACAAGAGGCCCAUUUGUAGUGGCUGGUUGACAACUGCUGGAGCAAAUUAAAUAAAUAAAAUAGCUCUGUCUUUCAAUGAAACACUCAAGAUGACUACUGCGCCUUCUCUUUCAAAAAAAAAAAAAACUCUUAAUUUAGUGACAUGGCAAAAUUUUAUCUUAAAUCAAUGUGAUUCGUUCUUGUUUUGGGAGACGGUGGAGGUAACCUCAUUAGUUCUUUCUUCAGGCUUGUGUCUUUAGUUGCGUGCUGCGCAGGCCUGCCAUAUGAUUUAAGCCAUCUCUUUUCAUUAAAUGUUUCUCUUCCUGUGAGACUUUACUAAAGCAACUUAGUGGCAAAAAGUAAUGUUGUACUUAUACUUCUGUACAGAAAUGACAAUGAGCUGAAUAUAUGGUUUUACAAAGUAGACAUCCACUUGCAAAAUGUUUGGAUGUAAUGUUAAAGCGCAAUGUGCAAAAUUUAAAAUAAAGAAUAUUUAUUAAUAUGCAUAGUAAAA